GAGGGCACGGUACAGACUGGAUGAGAAGUAAACAAGGAUAAGAGGGAAGAGUCAGGAAGGGGAGGGGGUAGAAAUGACCUCCCAGGUCUUCCAGUUCUGGCUUUGGGAAACGGGAAGGCACUUCCGGCAGCAGGAAGGAGGACUAAAAGGAAGAGGAAAGGGCGGUGCGGUGCGGUGCUGAAGGAGCGCGUCGUCGAGGUGGCACCGGCGACUCCGCCCGCCGCUGGCCCCGGGCCUCCGGGUUUCCGCUAGGUCUGGCGGAAACGAGCGGUGCCGGGGCGCAGGCGGGAGAGCCCGGGAGCUUCCCUGGCCCCAGCUGGGGCUAGGCUCCGCCCUGCAGUCGGCAGUGCGCCGGCGCGCGGUGAGAAAUCCCCACAGGCCACGCCCUCUGCCCGCCUGUCUACUGCAGAGGCACGCCCCCUCCUCUGCACCUCGACCCCCUUCAGGGGGCCCGGGCGGGGCCCAAACAUUCGCCAGCGCCGCAGCCGCCAUCGUGUGCCGUGCGUCCCUAGCUCUGCAAAGGACAGGCCUCGCGCAAGGAUCCCGGCGGACAUCUGAGGUGCCAGGAUGGUGGGGGAGCUACGCUACAGGGAAUUCAGGGUGCCCCUGGGGCCUGGCUUGCAUGCGUAUCCGGAUGAACUGAUCCGACAGCGGGUAGGCCAUGAUGGGCACCCUGAGUAUCAGAUCCGCUGGCUCAUCCUCAGGCGCGGAGAUGAUGGGGAAGGGGACCCUAGCCAAGUGGACUGCAAGGCCGAGCAUAUCCUGCUAUGGAUGUCUGACGAUGAGAUCUAUGCCAACUGCCACAAGAUGCUGGGGGAGGAUGGCCAAGUCAUCAGGCCUUCCCAGGAGUCUGCAGAGGCCGGCGCCCUCGACAAAUCUGUGCUGGGGGAGAUGGAAACAGACGUGAAGUCCUUGAUUCAGAGGGCCCUUCGGCAGCUGAAGGAGUGCGUGGACACCGACCCUCCUGCGGCCCUCCUGCACACUGUCCACGUCCUCAGUGCGUAUGCCAGCAUCGAACCCCUCAUCGGAGUCUUCAAAGACCCCAGGGUCCUGGACUUGCUCAUGCAUAUGUUGAGUAGUCCUGAUUAUCAGAUUCGAUGGAGUGCAGGCCGGAUGAUCCAGGCUCUCUCCUCCCAGGACGCUGGUGAGGGGCAGUCUGGGGAAGAAGGGAGAGCAGGAGAGGGUCUGGGUCGGCUCAGGGAGUCACAGGAUGCUGUUGCAGGACCUUCCGACCUCAUCAGGACCCGGACCCAGAUCCUUCUGUCACUGAGCCAACAAGAGGCUAUUGAAAAACACCUGGACUUUGACAGCCGCUGCGCCCUGUUAGCCCUCUUCGCACAGGCUACUCUCCCAGAGCACCCAAUGUCUUUUGAGGGCAUUCAGCUGCCACAGGUCCCAGGACGGCUGCUCUUCUCCCUGGUGAAAUGCUACCUGCAGGUCACCUUCCUCCUGGAUCAGCUGAACGACAGUACCCAGGAACAAGCCGCCCAGAACAGUUUUGUUCCCGAGGAGCUGAAUGCAGGGAGGGGCCGGCUGGAACUGGAAUUCAGUAUGGCCAUGGGCACGCUGAUCUCCGAGCUGGUGCAGGCCAUGCGCUGGGACUGGGACUCGAGCAGGCUGGGGAGGUUGGCGCGGUCCUCCUCUUCCAUUUUCCAGCCUCAGCCGGCAGAUGAGUUCUCCCAGCCCCUCGGCCAGCACAUCCGGAGGAGGUCAAAGCGGUUUCGCCCCCGCGCCGAGUUUGCAAGUGAUAAUACCUAUGCCUUGUAUGUGCGAGACAAGCUGCAGCCAGGGAUGCGGGUACGGAUGCUGGAAAAUUACGAAGAAAUCACUGCCGGGGAUGAGGGUGUGUUCCGACAGGGCAACAAUGGCGUGCCCCCCGUGCAGGUGUUCUGGGAGUCAACAGGCCGCACAUAUUGGGUACACUGGCACAUGGUUGAGAUCUUGGGCUUUGAGGAAGACAUUGAGGAGGUGUUUGAAGCUGCUGAGUACCCUGGGCCAGUGGCCAGCGGAGCCUUUGGUAUAGCGCCGCCCGCCCGCCGCUGGAAGCCCAUCACCGAGCUCUUCGCCAUGCCUUUUGUGGUUCCUGAGGAGGAGAACUCUGAAGAGAGCGAGCACCUGACCCAGGCUGAGUGGUGGGAGCUCCUCUUCUUCAUCAAGAAGCUGACUGCAGCUGACCGCCAGCAGGCUGUGCAGUUCCUGCAGGACAGCCUGGGCAGGGAGCACGUUCUGAAUGAAGAGAUCCUGCCUGAACUGACCAUGCCUGUUGACUUGGCCCAGCACCUGCUGCUGUCUCUGCCUCCACAGCUUGAUGACAGUGCUCUGAGAGACCUGUUCAGCUGCUAUGUCUAUAGGAAGUACGGGCCCAAAGGCCUGGCAGGGCACCUAGGCUACCCAUAUCUGCUAGGUGCCCAACAAGGUAUAUUCCCGUUCAGAGCCGAAGCCUCACCUCAGGAAUCUGAUGCAAAAGAACACCCAUCUCAGAGUGCCAGCCCUGCUCUGCAGCCUCUGGUGGACGGCUUGGGCCCAUUUGGGAAGCUCCUUGUGGAUCUGGUGCGAGCCCUCAGCUCUGAGGCCCCCAAGGAAAAUGAGGUCAAACCAUGCCUGCUGCAGCUCCAGCGGCAGCCCCGGCCUUUCCUCGCACUGAUGCAAAGUCUGGACACUCCAGCCACCAACAAGGCCCUGCACCUGGCCGUGCUGAGAAUCUUGAUGCAGCUGGUGAACUUCCCUGAGGCGCUGUUCCUGCCCUGGCAUGAGGGCAUGGAUGCCUGCAUGGUCUGCCUUCGGUCCCCCGACACUGACCGAGAGGUGCUCCAGGAACUUAUCUUUUUCCUGCACCGCUUGACCUCCGCAAGCCGGGACUACGCAGUGAUACUAAACCAGCUGGGAGCCCGAGACGCCAUCUCCAAGGCCCUGGAAAAGCACCUAGGGAAACUGGAGUUGGCUCAGGAGCUGCGGGAUAUGGUGUUCAAGUGUGAGAAGCACGCGCACCUCUACCGGAAGCUCCUCACCAACAUCCUGGGCGGCUGCAUCCAGAUGGCCCUGGGCCAGAUUGAAGACCACAGACGAACCCGCCGGCCCAUCCAAAUCCCUUUCUUUGACGUGUUCCUCAGAUACCUGUGCCAAGGCUCCAGUGCGGAAAUGAAGAAAAACAGGUACUGUGAGAGAGUGGAGGUGUCCUCCAACCCACACCAGGCCUGCAGGCUGACGGACCGCAACCCCAGAACCUACUGGGAGUCCAGUGGCAGCGCUGGCUCCCACACCAUCACCUUGCACAUGCACCAGGACGUCCUCAUCAGGCAGCUAAUUCUACUGGUGGCUAGGGAGGACUCAAGCUACAUGCCGGCCUUGGUGGUGGUAUGCGGGGGUGACAGCGUCAACUCCGUCAAUACAGAACUCAACUCGGUGAACGUGACGCCAUACGACAGCCGAGUGAUCCUGCUGGAGAACCUGACCCGCUUCUGGCCCGUCAUCCAGAUUCACAUAAAGCGCUGUCAGCAGGGGGGCAUUGACACGCGCAUCCGGGGACUGGAGGUCCUGGGCCCCAAGCCCACCUUCUGGCCAGUGUUCCGAGAGCUGCUGUGCCGGCACACACGCCUCUUCUACAUGGUUCGGUCGCAAGCUUGGAGCCAGGACAUAGGGGAAGAUCGCCGGAGCCUCCUGCACCUGAGUUCCAGGCUAAAUGGGGCUCUGCGCCAGGAGCUGAAUUUUGCUGACCGCUUCCUCCCCGAUGCCGAGGCCGCCCAAGCACUGGGCAAGACCUGCUGGGAGGCGCUGGUCAGCCCGCUGGUGCAGAACAUCACCUCUCCUGAUGAGGACAGCACCAGCCCCCUGGGCUGGCUGCUGGAUCAGUUCCUGGAGUGCAGGGACGCGGCCCACAAUCCCCAGAGCCGAGCUGCGGCUUUCUCCUCUCGGGUCCGCCGCCUCACCCACCUGCUGGUCCAUGUGGAGCCCUCUGAGGCAGCCAUCUCCCAACUCAAAGGCAGAAAUAGGAGCCAUGACUGGGGCUCCUUGGCCACCCGGGGCCUUCCAAACAACAUCAUGAAAAACCUGACACGUUGCUGGAGGUCUGUGGUGGAGGAGCAGAUGAACAACUUUCUGACCUCAUCCUGGAAGGCUGACGACUUUGUGCCCCUCUACUGCGAGCGCUUUCACGACCUGCAGAAGUCAAGCUCUGAGCUGUUUGGGCCACGAGCACCCUUCCUGCUGGCGAUGCAGAACGGCUGCGCUGGUGCCCUGCUGAAGCUCCCUUUCCUCAGAACUGUCCAUGUGUGUGAGCAGUUUGCUCGGCACAUUGACCAGCGGAUCCAAGGCAGCAGGAUGGGUGGAGCCCGGGGAAUGGAGAUGCUGGCACAUUUGCAGCGAUGCCUGGAGUCUGUCUCGAUUUUCUCCACCCUGGAGAUAGCCACCACCUUUGAGCAUUACUACCAGCACUACAUGUCUGACCGUCUCCUGAGCGUGGGCUCCAGCUGGCUGGAGGGGGCCGUGCUAGAGCAGAUCGGCCUCUGCUUCCCCAGCCGCUUCCCCCAGCAGAUGCUGCAGAGCCUGAACGUCUCAGAGGAGCUGCAGCGUCAGUUCCAUGUUUACCAGCUGCAGCAGCUCGAUCGGGAGCUCCUGAAGCUGGAGGACACGGAAAAGAAGAUACAGGUGGCCCAUGAAGACAGUGGACAGCAGCCCCAGAGCAAGAAGGAAGAUGCCGCUGGAGAGCCAGAAGCUAUGGCUGUGGUAGAAGAGGAGGAGGAAGAGCACUAUUAUGAAGGGCCAAUGCCAGAAGUGUGUGUGCUUGUCCUGUUCCCACGUUACUGGCCUGUUGCCUCCGUCCGCCACAUGCUCAAUCCUGCAACCUGCCUGCCCCCGCACCUGAGGAGGGCCUUAAACCACUACACCGACUUCUUCAGCAAGAGUCGGAGCCACCUCAGCUUAGAGAAUGAUCCACAGAGACGACUGCAGUGGACGUGGGAGGGCCGGGCGGAAGUGCAGUUCGGUGACCAGCUUCUGCAUGUGUCCACAGUACAGAUGUGGCUACUGCUGUACUUCAACGACUUAAAGGUGGUGUCUGUUGAGAGGCUGCAGGCUCUCUCUGAGCUCCCUCCAGAAGUGCUUAAUCGGGCAAUUGGGCCUCUCACCUCCUCAAGAGGCCCCUUGGACCUCCAGGAGCAGAAGGAUAUACCGGGAGGGGUACUCAAGAUUCGGGAUGACAGCGAGGAACCCAGACCAAGGAGGGGCACAGUGUGGCUCAUCCCACCUCAGACGUACCUGAAAACUGAGGAUGAAGAGGAGCGGGAGUUGGAGAAGAGAAGGAACCUUCUAAACUGCCUCGUUGUCCGAAUCCUUAAGGCUCACGGGGAUGAGGGCUUGCACGUUGACCGGCUCGUCUAUCUGGUGCUGGAGGCUUGGCAGAAAGGCCCCUGUCCUCCCAGGGGUCUAGUCAGCAGCCUUGGCAGGGGAGCUGCGUGCAGCAGCGCUGACGUCCUCUCCUGCGUCCUGCACCUCCUGGUCAAGGGCACACUGAGGCGCCAUGAGGACCGGCCACAGGUGCUGAUCUAUGCAGUCCCUAUCACCGUGAUGGAGCCCCACACAGAGUCCCUGAACCCUGGCUCGUCAGGUCCCAACCCACCCCUCACCUUCCAUACCCUACAGAUUCGCUCCCGGGGGGUUCCUUAUGCUUCCUGCACUGGCACCCAGACCUUCUCCACUUUCCGGUAGCCCUGGGUUGGGGUAGAUGAGGCUGGGGCUUUCUACGGAAAAUAAAACGUGAAUUUGAUGACA